UUUCGCUAUCGCGACGCUUUGCCUCUAUCCGCUGCUGCACAUCGUCUUCUUCUUUCCUUCCAUGCUCUCUUCUUCUUUAUUAUGCAAGAACAGCGGACAAGGAUGGAGGAGCGGUAGAUAAGAAGAUUCCUGCAGCCGAUUGAGCCGAGGAGCCGACGGGCGCGGGCGGCCAUACCGUGAAAUCGAUCGGCCGACCAGGGGACUAGAGGAGGGCGCAAUGUCCGCGCCGAGGGGCAGCAGCAUGGGCAUGAACGUCCUGACCACGGCGAUGGCCUUCUCCGUCAGCGCCUUCUUCGUGCUCUUCGUCUUCACCAGGAUCCUCUGCGCGCGCAUCCACCUCAGGAACGCGGCGGCGCAGCACGCCGCCGCCGCGCAGGCCGGCGACGUCGCCAUUCAUGUUGAGCGCAGCGUCCAUGGGAUGGAACCGUCCGUGGUGACCGCCUUCCCCACGGUUAAGCUCGGCGACGACUCGCAGCGACCGCCCGCUCAGGAGGAGUCGCACUGCACGGUGUGCCUGGAGGAGUACCAGGCGAAGGACGUGGUGCGCGUGCUCCCCUACUGCGGUCACGCCUUCCACGUCGCCUGCAUCGACGCCUGGCUCAAGCAGCAGUCCACCUGCCCCAUCUGCCGCGCCUCCAUGCGCGCCACCACGAAGCAUCGCGCCGCCGCCGCCGCCGCCGCCACCAUGCCACCCGUCUACUACGCCGUCGCCAUGGCUCAGCUGCCGUUCCGGGUAUCGACGUCCUCGUCAGAACAGAACGCGCUGCAAGCAGAAGCGGCUGUGGCCGCGACGACGGGGGCGUCGACGGAAUCGGAUCACGUGGACAUGACGCCUACUCGGCUGGAGAUCGUUAUCUCCGACGAACCGGCCUCCUCCGGCGCCGCCUGUCCGAGCGCAACCCACGCUCCCGAUGCUAGCGAGUACCCUUGUUGCGAGAUGACGAGGCACAGCUCGCAGGGUAAUACGUCGGAGCAUCGCCAGUGUUGACACGUAGACCUACGCAAGAGUAGCUGAUUGAGAUUAGGCUGUGUUCAGGCUGUAGGACGUCAGUAGAAAACAAUCUUAUCAAUUGGCAGCGAAUCUGUGAUGUGUACAGGGCUGAGAGCUCCCUCGAUCUUUUCGGGAAAAAUAUUGAUGUGUACAGGGCUUCUGAUCUGAUGUAUUUUUUUCUCUGUGAAGGCAUCGUUGUUGGAGAAACUUUGUUGCAGUGUGAGCGUUGCUAGUGUUGGUGGUUGUUCGACUGA